AUGAUGCGCACGCGCACAAGCUCGUCGCUCACAUUCUGUCUUGCAACGUCUGGCACAACCUUGCGCGGGGGGUACGCGGACGGGGUGGGGGGUGGGGGGUGGGGUGCGUGGUCACGACAAGUACAGGUGCUAUACGCCGCAGCGACACUUGCCCAUGAGUUCCUGGCCGACAAGGAGCGCGUCGCGCCGCGGGCGCUGGUAGACACGGCGGUGUACCUGCACGACAUCGUACUGUCGCUGCAGGGGCUGCAAGGGGAGGCUCUCCGGAGGGUCAUCGCCAAGGUGUGCGAGAUGUGGUGGACGCAGGACCGGCCCGGGGCGGAACACCUGGUGGUGCACCUGAUACCGGUGAUGCUCGUCCGAUCUCUUAGCCCGGACGCCAAGGAGGCGGACGUGAAGAGGAUGCACGCGGUGAAGGGAGCGCUGCUGCUCCUCGACUUCGAAGACGAGAGCAGCGACAGCCUCAGGGCGCUGCUACUCAGGACGUUCAUGUCCCCGGUGUACCUCAAGUCUUCCGAGGGUAAACGCCUCCUUGCAUCGUUCUUCGGCCUACACCCGUCCCUCGUGUCCGAGAUCCACGCCGUCAUGAAGGCGCAGAUGCCCGGGGCCAAGAAGGCCGUGCUCGCCGCCUACGGGGAGGUGUACUUUCGAGUGUGGAGAGGGGCGGAGGGACAGUACCUGGAGAAGGUGGAGAUGCUCUGCCUGCAGGACCUGAUGCAUGCAUGCAUUCACGCCUCUACGCCUAAGAUGCACCAGAACAUCCUCGUCGUUCUGGAAGGGCUGCAUUCUCAGAAGAAGGCGAAAGGGGUGGACGCUGAUCUCCUCCGACUGUAUGGUCCGGUCAUGUGGAGGUCUCUCCGCGUCGCCAACCCCUCCGUUCGCGCACAGGGCUACCUCCUUUCCGGUGUGGGCGCGGCUGCCUACGACGCCACCCUGCAGCAGCAGUUCGUCGCUCUCACCGAUCUGCUUGAAGACGCGCACCCCCAAGUCAGGGCUGUCGCCGGCAAGGGAGCGUGCCGUGUCCUGAGCGUGUUCUGGGAGAUGGUGCCGCUAGACACGACCAGGGCGCUGCUUACGAGGGUGGUGGGGCGGCUGGCAAGCGACGGGUCCUCUCCGGCCGUGAGGCUCGCUGCCGUGGAAGGGCUGUCCGUGCUGCUGGAGUGCCCCGCCAGCCACGCCGUGCUCAAGUCCAUGCUGCCUGUGAGCGUUUCGGAGGAGGGGGGUGUCCAGAAUCUCAUCCACGACACCAACAAGAAGGUGCGCACGGCGUUCGUGAAGCUGCUGCUGGUGGUGAAGGGGGUCAAGUCCAUCAAGUACUACCAGGUGGCAACGGUGGACCACAUCCUGGCACGUCUCUCGGAAGAUCACGCCAAGUGUCCCGCUUCCGCUUCGGGACUGUCAAAGCUCAUCCUCAACUCCUACUUCCCGACCGGGUCUGGAGUGACGGGUUCAUUCCAAGUAUCGCGGUGCUUGACACUGCUGUCGCAAGACGAGGGCGCGGCCGUGGCGUUCUUCUCCCGCCUCCACCAGAACGCCGGGGUGCCCUCGUCCGCCAAGAUGAUCGCGAUGCUCGUGCGCUGCAUCCUCGUGGCCGCUCGCGCUCCCGCUGUUGCUGACAACGACGACGAAGAGGAGGAGAAGGAGAAGAAGAAGGUCGACCGUAGGGGCAAGAGGAAGGGGGUGGAGGAGGGAGGGGGUCAUUGCGGCGCGAAAGGAGGCAACAAGGCGAGGUUGACUCUGAAGGCGUCCGACUCCAAGACCAUGUCGGGCAUCCUGAACCUAAUCGCGAGCAUCUGGGAGAGCAUCCUGCCCGCCCUUGAGAAGACCAUCAAUGAGCCUUCGCUCGACCUCAUCCAGCAGACGGUGACAGGCGAGGCGUUGUCGAUCCUGUAUAGGCGUUUUUGUGGUCAGGACGAGUGCCGGGCGGCGUUCAUGCGACUGGCGGGGCUUGCGGGUGGCGAUCUAGCCCCCGGCAUGCUGGAGGACGUCGUGGUUGAGAUGCUUGCCCUGCCCGCGGAUGCGCCGCCCUCUGCGUACGGGCCCACCGUCGACCUGCUAUGCUCGUGGGGGCAGCACGAGCACCUCGUGGGAGCGGUCGUGGAGAGCCUGAGGAAGUUUUUUUCCGCACCGAGGAUCACGACGACGACGGCCGUCGACGAGGCUGGAAGCGGCGAGAUGGAUGACGGGGAUCACGACGAAGGAGGAAGGGGAGGAGGAGGGAUGUGCAUCCCCGCUCCCCUGGCCUUGAACAUGCUCGGCCACCUGCUGGCGGGAGGCGAGGGUCACCCGUCGACGGGGGCGGCCCGUGAUGCUAUCAUGGCGAGCGAUGAAGCGGUCGGCAGUUUGGAGGCGGUGCUGGUCUUGGCACGCUCAGCCACAACCACUCGCCUUUCGUCCUCAUCGGCGUCCACCUCCUCCGCUCUCAUGACCACCACCACCACUGCUACCGUCAAACGUGAGGACGAGGAGAAAGUGUCCCUCCGCCGCCGUUGCCCCGACGCCCUCCUCGUCCGCGCCUUGGAGGCCCUGGGGCGGGUCUACAUGCACAGGGAGGCGGCGGUCGUCGGGGACAGCAGCAGCGGCAACCUCCCCGCUGCUGUUGCUGACGAGGGCUCCGCGGCGGCGGGAGAUGACAUGUCGAUGCUGCUGCAGCCCAUGCCGUUCUCGGUGAAGAUGCGCGAGCUCAUGGUGUGGGCGACGAACACGGUGCUCCCGGUCCUUGUCGGCGGUGGCGGUGGCGGUGGUCCUGCUGUGGACAUGGUCGAGGAGGGAGGCACCCCGGGUGCUGCGGCCGUUCGUGCUCUGGCGGGGGGAGUUUUCGGGGUAGUGGUCCUCCUGGCAUCGGAGUGGGUGGAGGUAGGCUCUGGGCUGGCGGAGAUCAGCAUGAGGGCUGACACCUGGGGCAACCGGCUCUUGGCCUCCCUCCUUCAGGGGGUCAGAGCGAUCGGGUGCGCAAUCGAUCGCGGUAGCGACAGCGUGACAUCAGGCUGCUGUCCGGUAGGCCCAGUCGAACGAAAGUAUGAGCAACUUCCUCCCCCGCCCCCCGAUCACAUACACGACCCGAUGAUGCACGUUGUCGCGUCCCAGGAGGGCGACGGUCACGAGGGGCAAGGGCACCCCAGCGGCGUGAACGCUGUUCUGCCCCAGCUGUGUCGGCUAGGCCUGCACCUGUCGGCGCGCGAGGCCCAGGGCGCGCGGCCUCCUGCGUCUAUUUGGGAUGAAACGUGUCUUGACGCCGAAUUGUGCCUGCCGUGCCCUGCCCAUCCGGAACAUCUGAAGGUGCUCAUGAGGUGCGCCGAUCGCCGGGUUUCCAUGAGCGAGGAGGCUCUUUUCGUCGGGGAGGAGGAAAGGGGCAAGGCGACGUGUGUCCAGAGCUUCCUGGCAGCGUCGGUGGCCCUGGAGGGGAGGAAGGACGGCAUGUCUUCGCUCGUGGAGCGACUGAUGGCCUUCAUGUUCACCCAGGCUUUCAUUUCGGACGAAGAGGAAGAGCAAGACUUGAGAGAACGCGACAAAGGACCAAGCAUCGACGGCCUCACGCGGCUCGAAAUACGCGCCGUGCAAGACCUCGAUUCUGACGAGCCUCCCGGGUGUCUGCUGCUGCAGCUCUCGAGGCCCGCGGCGGCGGUGUUGGAGAGCGUGCUCCGCUCCUCGCCGGCUUCCAAGGCGGCGGGAUCGUUGGUUCUGUCUCACCUGGCCGCCUUCGGGGAUGCCUCCGGUAGGGAAACGGUUGCGUCUCAGGUGGCGUCGUGGGAGGACGCGUCAUGGCCGCUCUUCUGCGCCCACGUCCUCGUCGCCCUCAUCGAGAACGCCCCGGCCAAGACCCGCCUGCAGCUGGCCGCGGAAGCUCACGCGGGGCUCAGGGCGGCAGCCGCCUCGACGUCGACCUUGUCGUCGUCCUUCUCCUUCUCCGAGGGCGACAAGAGCGGUGCGGCAGUGUCGCCAGCACGUGCUGACGCUCCGGAAGAGGAGGAAGGGGUUUCCACGAGGAAGGCUGCGGCGUUUGCGGUGGGGGCGAUCUACGGGCGGCUGGAGGCUGCCCGGCGGGCGGCGGUGACGGGGGUUGGAGGAGAGGCGCAGGGGGUGGCGGUGGAGGGCGCUGCAGCGGCGGUGGCUGUUUCGGCUUGACGGGGAGAGGGAAUGGGUUUAUGUCUCGUUCACGCAUGCAUCCCUCUCGACACACGGAUGGCAGCGCGAGGCGGCGGGUGGUGGAGAAAUAUAUGGUGACAUGUCUUUUAGCCUUCAAGAGGAGUAUAUUUUGAAAUUUCUUCUUGCAGGGCUUGGAGAUGACAAAAGAGCAGGACAGUAAGAGGUGAGAUGGGAAGUGCACGGGGAGAGGAAAUAGCGGAGGUUUUUGCGACCGUGCUGAUGAGGAGAGCAAGGGUACCAACGUAGGUUCAUCGGGCCGGAGACACGGUUCAGUGGAAAAGGACGGAGUGUGUGUAUGGUUGGUACUCUCGUGUGUCCAUCCGAACUCUGUUCUUUGCGUAGGUUAAAGUUACGGAUAUGUUCCAAGUUAGUGUGGUUAGGGGACAUUCGAAAAUACUGUGUUCAGGUGCGUACAGAAGGUUGCGUGCCAAUGUUGCUUUGUGCACAACCCGAACGGUAGUCGUAGCGUUUAUCUUUUGGACUAUUAUCUGUACAUUGACAUCAAGUACUAGGAUACUCGCGACGGCAGACCGGCAACCAUUGCGAAUUCGAGCCAUUCGAUGUUCUUCUUCGUUGUAAGUUUUUUUCGGCCAGGAUGGCGGUUAUAAUCUAGGGAUAGUGGCCAGCAAGGGCUACAGUAACUUGGUUGGUGUUGGGUAGGAGGAGAGGGAAGAGAGUCAUGGCCUGGUCACCUUGCUGUUGUUUAUUCUCUGCUGCUUGUUAUCUUCAUCGAUUCCAUUCAUACAGGACGCACGUUGUAGAUAAAAGUACGUAAAAGCAGUGGUGUUGUUCGGUUCUUCCCUGGACACCGUUGAGAGCUACUUGCUCUGCGCGAAAGACCCUA